GAAAGUGUGAGGUCCGGAGACGGGGAGAUCCUAGCUCUUCCCCCGGAGUCUGAGGUCAGGAGGAGAGCUCCCUGUGGCCAGAUUGAGAAGGACACUGUGAUUCUUGCAGUGACUGUCCCCAUCACCGUGCAUUCACCCCGGGGGCCCCAGGACACCUGUUUCCAGGCUCCAGAGCCCUGCAGAUUUGGGUUGCUCGCUCCUUCCGCGGGGACGGAUCCAGCCUUCCUCCCCGCCGGGCAUUGACCGUGUCCCAAGGGUGCCGGGUCCCCAGGACUCAGUCUUGCCGCCCCAAGGGGAGUCUCUCUGCUCAUGGGGGCAACUGUGUUGUCUUGCCUUUGGACUCGUGGAUGAGCGUCUGUGCUCCGCAAGGUGGCUGUGCCCGGCUCACUUUCUCCUGGGUUCCCCAAAUCUCUGAUCUUCUAUCAGCUUGCUCAGUGCACGACUGGUGGCACGUGCCUCACUCCGUAGGCUCUGUCUCUUCCCCACCCCCUCUCCUCCCCUUCCAAACCUUCUCAUCAGCUGAUGGGGUGCCACCUUCCCAUAAACAGAGCAGGACAGACUUUCAGAGUCCCUCGUGCCCCAGAAAUCUUGUCCUGUGCUUCCCUUCCAAGGAAAGUCAGACCCAGGCUGGGGGUGGGAGUGGGGGCGUGUAGCUCUGGGGCGAGAGGAAGUUGGCCACGCAUUUGCAGCCCUUGGAAACCCCGGAAACUGGCGGCCAGCUGCACCCAGCAGGGAGUGUUGGCGGUAACAGGUGGCAGCAGAGGGACGGUUAGCGGAGGGUGAAAGCGUUGAUUCCUACUCUUAGUCUAGGACGGUGCUACUCAAUUCUUUAAAGCCAGAGAACCCUCCCUUCAAUCCGCCGCUUACGCAGAUACCCAGCAAUUAACGCGAGGAGCUGCGCCCUGGUGGCCAGCGGGCAGAAUCAAGUUCAGGACUGUGGGAGGUUGUGUCGCUCUGUUUUGUUUUUGCCCACGGUUUCGUUUUAGAAUCCUUGGGUUGGUUCGCCAAAGUCGACGAAUCACCCGAUUUCACACCGGAAAUUCAGAUACCCGGCUGCUCUUGCCAAAAAUGAGUAACAUUUUUGUGACACCAAGCCUCGGCAGCCCGGCGUGGUGUCAACACGCUGGUGAUGAGGGGUGGAUUUUCCAGUGUGCCGCGGUCCCCACCCCCGGCUCCGCUGCUCACCCGCACUGUGACCCAUAAUGAAACGGUUGCCAUUGUUCAUUUUUAAAAACGGAGGUAAAAUCGGGAUAUAGCAUCAUACAGGUUUUAGGUGCACGACAUCGUAAGUCGAUACCUGUAUGCGCUACAGAGUGAUCACCUACCCCCAGCGUCUGGUCUGGUUGACAUUCAUCACCACACACUGAGCCGUCUGCCCUUUUUGCCCACCCCAAACCCCCUUCCCCUCUGGUCAACAUCAGUGGGUUUUCUGUAUCUACGAGUUUGCUUUUAUAUUGUUUUGUUUGUUCUUUUUUCGUUUGUUUGUUUUUGGCUUUUUAGAUUCCACGUAUGACUGAAAUGAGAUGGUGUUUGUCUUUUCUCCGUCUGACUCCUUCCACUUAGCGUAAUACUCUCUAGGUCUGUUAUUUCUGCUCUGAGCUUUAUUACUUCUUUCCUUCUGCGAACGUGAGGCUUCAUUUGUUCUUUGUCUAGUUCCUUCAGGUGCAAAAUUAGAUUGUUGGAGAUUUUUCUUGCCUAUCGAGGUAGGCCUGUAUUGCUACGAAUGUCCCUCUUGGAACUGCUUUUGCCGCAUCCCAUGGAUUUUUUUUUUUUUUUUUUUUUUGUAUUGUAUUUCUGUUUUCGUCUUCAGGCAUUAACUUGCUUUCUCCUCCUCUGUGUGAUGACAAACAGGUCAUACAGGGGCAUGUUGUUUCAUUUCCUUGCAUUUUGGUGCGUGUGUUUUCUGGUUUUCUCCUUCUAACGGAUUUUUAGUUUCCUACCAUUGUGGCAGAGCAGGAGGCUUGAUGGGCUUUCAGUCUUCUGAAACUUAUUGAGACUUGCUUUGGAGCCUAACAGUUGAUCUGUCCUGGAAUAUGUUCCAUGUGCGUUCGAGAAGAAUUGUGUGUUCUGCUGCCUUUGGGGGGAAUGUUCUCCAUAACUGAGGCUCAGCUGGAGUGCCUACACCUGUUACUGUCACUUUCCAUCCUUUCAAGACCAAGAGAGGAGGAAAGGGGGGAUCCCUAGCCAAAGAGAAGGAGUUAAGGGGUUCACCCCACACCACUCCAGAGUGAGGGCAGGGGGAGUUUUUCCGUCUUUAGGAUCUCCGCAAAUCUUGAUCCCUUCUUGUCCAGCCACCCGCAAUUCACUGCUUCCAUCUGUGGGUCCCCUCGGUGCACAUUGGUGAAUAAGCCCUAAUGCCUUGGACUGUCUUAGCGAUUAAGGUGUUCACUGGGUUCUGUUCCUAUGGGAGAAGUGGCGUGUGACCCUAGCAGACAAGGCCAGCGGAUUGAGUGAUGAGAGAGAGAGAGAGAGAGAGAUCAGCUUGGGCGCUCAAGCGUUAUCAGAGGUGGCCAGGCAUUCAUGGGCUGGGAGUCCUUGGGUGAAAAUAACAUACCCUUUCUGUAAAAAGUAUGAGUAAGAGCCAAGCACGUGCGUACAUUUCACAUCAGGCAUCGAUCGCUCAGACUGCUUUUCACAGACGAUCAUAUCUGGCCCCUGUCCGCUUUCCCUCCGGCUAAAAAAUCUUUAAUUACACUGUGGCCAAUUUCAGCGACUCAGAGAGUGCGUCUUUGCUGAAUGUAUUUAUUUGGAGGACCCUAGGCCCUUGAGAGGCUGGUGUCAGAGACCCAGACAAGCCAUUGAUGACCCUUCCCCUCCCCCCGACCCCAGCCUGUCUGGUUCAUUUGUGAUGUGGGGGCCCUAGACAGCAUUUCAGUAUCUAAGUCCUGUCCUGGUGUAGAAUAGAUAAACACAUGGGCUCUGCCUUUACCUUUUUGUCUUCCUCUUUCCAUACUCUUGAAUUGGUGCCCAGAUAAUCUCAGGAAGGUAAGACACCAGCUUUCUCGGGGGGUGCGCUGUUAAAUCCUCCUCAGACACUCGGGGGGAGUCCUUUGAUUCCACACGUAUUCAUUGGGUGUGUUUUCUGUGUCUGGGGACACACGGGAGUAGGACCUCAUUCUUGUUCUCAAGGAGUGAGGACCACUCGGCAUAAGCCAUGCCAAGAAGGGCGGCCAUGGAGGUAGGAAUGGAGCAGCUCACACGAGAGGGAAGGUGGUGCUGGGGUCAGGGGGCUGCAUCCCCAGGGGACGGCAAGAAGUGAGGCAAAGCAAGGUGGGUCCCCAUCCCGGCUGGAGCUUUGAACCCAGGCUGAGCUUCCAGGCUGACUCUGCUUCUUUAUGCCAUUUGCCCUGGCCACGGUCAGGGCUCUUGUCCGUGGAGAUGCUUAUUAUGUUGAUGUUUUCCUUCCCUCUGGCGCCUCUCUCUCCGGUUAGCAAAGGAACCCCUCCCCCCACCCCCUUGGGCAGUCAGCCACCACCUUCCACCACGUGGUGAAGUUGAGAGUUAGGGUCGUGGCUGGUCACGGCCUCACUGUAACUUCCCUCUGGAGUAUCUGCCCUUGGAUAGAGGAUUCUUGGAUACUGCGGAGGAACCUGGGGGGAGCGAGGAUCAUGCUGUUCUUGGACUCUGGGUUCUGUGUCUUGUUAGCUGUAAGACCUUGGGGAAGACCUCUGCUUACUCAGUUAGGAGGGGGAAAAUAAGCACAGCUCUCUCCACCGUUCUCGUGAGGGUCAAAUAGGCACCAAUAUGUAUAAGUUCCCGACCGCACUUCGGCAUCUAAGAACAAGGGAAAGAAACCUGGAAUGGUCCCCCCACCGCCGGGAGAGGAAAGCCAGAUUAUCCUCCUUCCGCCUGGCUGGCAGAGUUACUUGUCUCCUCAGGGUCGGCGUUACUAUGUCAACACGACCACCAAUGAGACCACCUGGGAACGCCCCAGCAGUCCUUCUGGGAUUCCAGCCAGCCCUGGCCCUCACAGGAGCUCUCUGCCUCCGACAGAACCUGGGAUCCUCGUCGCCAGGCAAAAAGCAGAACAAGGAGAACACCAUCACGAUAAACUGCGUGACGUUUCCUCAUCCGGACACGAUGCCAGAGCAGCAACUGCUGAAACCUACAGAGUGGAGCUAUUGUGACUACUUCUGGGCUGAUAAGAAGGACCCCCAAGGCAACGGCACCAUGGCUGGGUUUGAACUGCUCCUUCAGAAACAACUAAAGGGCAAACAGAUGCAGAAGGAAAUGUCAGAAUUCAUCCGGGAGAGGAUAAAGAUUGAAGAGGAGUAUGCGAAGAACUUAGCUAAGCUCUCUCAGAACUCCUUGGCUGCACAGGAGGAAGGCUCCCUGGGAGAAGCAUGGGCCCAGGUGAAGAAGAGCCUCGCGGACGAGGCGGAAGUUCACCUCAAGUUCUCCGCCAAGCUUCACAGCGAGGUCGAGAAGCCCCUGAUGAACUUCCGGGAGAACUUUAAGAAGGACAUGAAAAAGUGUGAACACCACAUCACCGACCUCCGUAAGCAGCUUGCCAGCCGUCACGCCGCAGUGGAGAAGGCCCGGAAGGCCCUCACGGAGAGGCAGAGAGACCUGGAGAUAAAGACCCAGCAGCUGGAGAUCAAGCUGAGCAACAAGACAGAGGAGGAUAUCAAGAAGGCGCGGAGGAAGUCCACACAGGCUGGAGAUGACCUCAUGCGCUGCGUGGAUCUCUACAACCAGGCCCAGUCCAAGUGGUUUGAAGAGAUGGUGACCACCACACUGGAGCUAGAGCGGCUGGAGGCGGAGAGGGUAGAGAUGAUUCGACAGCAUCUAUGCCAGUACACACAGCUGCGGCACGAGACAGACAUGUUCAACCAAAGCACAGUCGAGCCUGUGGACCAACUGCUUCGGAAAGUGGACCCAGCCAAAGACAGGGAGCUGUGGGUCAGAGAGCACAAGACAGGCAACAUCCGCCCCGUGGACAUGGAGAUUUAGACGGGCAUGCACGGCCCCGGGGGUCCUGCCGAGGAGAGGGGCCGGGGGGUCCCAUGGAGAGCAGGUGGCCAGGGGGCCGCUGCUGGGUGCAACUGUCCUCCUGCCCACUGUCCGGGUCUGCUGAGCUGGUGAUUCCAGAAAGGCGGCCCCGCCGGGAGCUGCCCGUGUCCCCAGGCCAAGAAGACCGAUCCACAGCCCUGCCCUUGUCUCCGAGGCUGAAGCCCCCCGAUUCCUGUCCUGUGCUUGCUGCUCUGAGAACAGACUGAGGCUGGAACUUUAUGGUCCCUGCUGCACCCUGUAGGGGUCACGUCCCCACCCAGAGCUGGCUGCGUCGCACGCUUGUGUCCCCGGAAGCCCCAAGGCCCUGCCUCCGGCUGUGUUGCGGGCUUUGGAGGGUCAUGGGAGAAAGGUCCCUGUCUCCAACCCAGGAUGAGGGUCGGAAUCGUGGAUAGAAGGCACCGUUCAGCUCAACAGCCCGCACCCAGAACCUCUUGCGGCCCGCCCUCUUAGUUUUUUUUUCCCCCCGUUGCAUUCUGGGAACCCACAUCCUGGCUCUUCCUUUGCCACUUUUCAUCGUCUGGGGUCUUGGGAAUAAGGCCUGGUUCCUCUCUACCCAGACUGACCCUGCCUGGAGAGGUCAGGACGGAACUACCUCAUUCGGUACAUCGGCCCCAAGUCAGAGUGUUGAGUCGUGUUUUAUAUUCGGUCAGGCAUCUCCUGUCAGGUCUCUGGGGCUGGAAACCUUCCUCCAACCCAGCCCUCGGCUGUUUCCUCAAGGAAGCUCCCGCCCCCGCCCCCUCCCGGGCUCUUACUGGGGCUGGGUCGGUCCCCUGUGGGAGAUGGGUUGGGAUGGGUCUUUGCCACCCCCAGAAGAGGGCUCCCCCUGCUUGUGCGUGGGGGGUGGGGGGGUGACUCUCCAACCCCCCCCCCCAACCCCCAUGAGGCUUUCCCUCCCUGGUGGACACCGUGCGGGCAUGGCAGACGGUCCUGGCUUCCAGGCAGUGUCCUGUCACCUUGACCUCCGCUUCUGCACAAUCCAGAGCCCUGCUUGGUGCUGGUGCCCCCUUCCCCUUUCGCCACCCCCCCCCCCGAAUUCCUGGGAAAGCCGGGUUAGUGCGUGACUUGGGAAGCUUUCAGCCCGUCCCAUUGGGUCCUCGCUCAUCAGUCUCUCCCUUUAUAGAAACACGGCAAACAACCUUGUGCAGCAUCUAACCCUGAGAAUUGGCUCCAGGGGACCCAUAGAAGUGCCCCCUGAAGGUGGGCGUGGUCACACGGCCAGCAGGGGGCAGAGUCUAGCCCAGAACCCGUGCCCUGAGAGCCCAUCCUUCUUAGUUCAUCUUUCCCUUCGAUUACUUUGGACGUGCAGGGUCCAUACCCCACCCCCCCCCACCCCCCAACACACACAAGGUCAUGAUUCUAAGAGCACAACUCGCUGGUCCCUGGGUCUCACGUGCCGGGAGUUGAUGACUUCGAGUCUUUCGGCCCCUCUUUCACUGAUUCAGAAUUACCGCCUCACAGCUUCUAGUAGAAAGAUGCUGAGUAUUCUAGAGCAAGCCAGACGUUGUCACUUUUCUUCUUGAACCGUCCCCGACCCAGAAAGAUCAGCGUAAGAGCCUUCCCCAGCACGAGAGUGUGAGAAUGGGUGCGUCCCUGCCACGGAGGACCACAGCUUCCAGAUCUGGGGUUGGCGCCCAUGACACCAGCGACCAAUUUUAGGAUGUUAUUUCUGGGUUUCUCUAUUCAAAAUGGGUGCUCCAGGUAUCGCUUUGUGGCUUAGUAAACUAAUUUGUGGGUGAUUUUCAAAUGUUCAAAGCCAGUAAGUAGCCUUGUUACUAACACAGAUAUUUUGAGUGCGAUACGGCUCGUUGAUUUUGUUUUCUCCUUCCCGUGUGAGGAUUCUUGAGUCUUCCUUUGCUCCCUGGGACAGGGGGAGCUCUCUUGCCUUUUCCAGGGGAGCCUGGAUUGGGCCCCGUGUGGGCCGGUCUAUUUUCCGGAAUCAUUCUUCCCGCCCCCCCCCCCCCACGUUAGUACACACUUCGUUUCUUUGCUUUUCGUUGUUCUCUCCUCCUCCGUUCAUUGAGAAUUUAGAGAAGGCUGGGCAGUGCCCUGAGAUCUGGGGACAAGACCGGGCACGGGAUCUCUUCGUUUGUGUAGACUUAGACUUUUUUCACCGGGGCUCUUGCAAUUCGGCGACCUUGGCAUUCACACCCAAGUACUCUCUGCAGCAUUGAGGUUUCCUGAGAUCCCGUUAUGCUGGUAGAUCCGCGUUCAUUCAUUCACUCGCUCACUCGUUCACGUACCGAGCGAUACUGGGCAUGAGCCAGGCGGGGUGCGGGAAACGUAGCCACGUGUGAGACCGGCACUCUCUCCCCAUCCCCUUUGUUCUCCACGCAGACAAGGGGCUCUUGGGAGGUCUUUCUGGACAGUGAGAGCAUUGCAUCUGUCCCACAUUCGACCCACCUGGAGCCUGUCAUGAGAACACAAACCACCGCCAGUGCGGGGUCCACCAUUGGAUGGCAGGUGGACAGUCAACAAGAGUGUAAUCACCUGGUCACCAGAGCUCGCAGUCCGUAUCCGACUGGGAUCUCAGAGAUCUCUCUUGUUUCUUGUAAAUAACUCUCCUCUCGUCACAAAGAGGAAUAACGAAGCCCAAGGCCGGCCAGCGAGCCCAGUGAAUGAAGAGCGCGGUCUGUUCACGGGACUCCUGCCCUGGGUGGGGGAACCGAGCUUAGGGUGAAGUCUAGAAUGUCCCAAAGCGAGCUUUGGGAGUAGCACUCUGUCUCGUUGUUGCUGUUCUCUUUUGUUCUUGCGUUCGGGUUAGAAGAGGGUUGGCCGGGCGUAUUCAGGAGUGUGUCUGGAAUGUUCCUGAGCACCUCCAUUGUUCUCUUUCUCGGAACAGGUGGGUCCUUCUCCCUGCCCCCCGGGAAACAUGGACGCACCUCGUUUGGUCAGUGAAAGCCAGAUCGUUGAGAAAAGAAAUGUUAAGACAAGUGGUGUGCAGAGUACGUCGGUUUCCACGACAGUGUCUGGGAGAAAUCGCUUGUUCCUUCCUUUUUUCUUUUUUUCCUGUCGCCUUCAAUCACUAUUGCAAAGCACCGGCCAGCAGAGCCAUAGGGUAGCUAUCCUCAAGACCACCUUGGGUCUCCUUUCUACCCUCCACCCACCUCCUGUCGAGCCAGGAGCAUUUCUGCAGUAGGAGGCCCCCCUCAUCGGGGCUGGUUAGCGACUGAAGCAGACGGGAACGCUGUGCAUGUGCACAAAGCAGGGCUUUCUAAUCCCUUUGUGAGAACCAAUCGAUUACUGGAUGAGAGGAUGGGUGCAUGAACAUCUCGGGCUGAGCCAAACUCCCUUCUUGGAAACACAAGCCAUAAACUUCAAAGGACGGCAAAGACUUUGGCUCGUUUUAAGUGAUUUCGCUUCCAGCCGUGCGUGGCCUUGACAGGGAGAUCUUAAACAGGACCCUGUGCUGGCGGUCGUGUAGACAGAGAAAGCACUUUAAAGAUGUGAAGUGAGGUACAGAUCCGCAUAUUCCCCCCCCCCCCAACCCCGUUGCCCCUCCAAGACGUACUGCCUUUUCUUUUCUUCAGGUUUAUCGAGAGGUAUUUGACGUAACAGUAUCGGGGCUCAUUGAUGUGCAGUGAGAGUCCCCCCGGCCCGUGAGUUUUGACAGAUGCACCACCAAAAUCAACAUAAUAUUUCCAUCGCUCCUGAAGAUUCCCUGCCGCUCCCUUAUGGUCGAUCCACUCCUGUCCCCCCUGCCCCCACUCCCGCUGGUGGGUUUUCUGAUGCUGUGGUGUUUGCCUCGUCUAGAAUGUCGGGGAAACGGAGUUGCUGAUGCGGCCGUCGCGCCUUCUUCCUCUCGGCUUAAUGCUUUGGGUCACCCAUGUUUCGCGUGUGUCACCAGCGUGUCCCCUUGUCUCGCAGAGUAGCGCUCCGUUGCACGGAUGGGUGACCCACGGCCGCUUCCCCGCUUUUUGAAGUGAGUUGUCCGCGCCCGUGAGUGGUUCCCGGCCCCGGGGUCUCCGGCUUGUUUGCACGGCUGCUUCCUGUGUCUCCCGAGGCUCCCUCUCCAGAUGCCAGCUGUGCCCACAGUGGUUCUUUGUGGUCCAUUUGAGGCUUUUGUGCAGAAAGGGGCCAGGGAAGGGGGGGGAAGGGGGCCUCCCACUUGUGUUGCACUGUUGGCUGGCAAAUCCAUGCACUCCUGGGGACCCUGGCUUCAACCCCCCGCCGUGGCCCCGGGCAGGCACUGAGCAUUAGGGGGUGUGGAAAGCGAACGGACAAAGCGGGGGGCGAGAACACGGGGCUGGCUCAUCAGCGGCCUUCCCCUGGAUCUGUGUCGCUUCGUUGGCGGGCUGCAGGUGUCCAUUCUGGUCUCCCCAGGCUCCUCCAGCUACUGCGAAUGCUGUCCCCUUCUUGUUUCCAGUCCCUCACCUGACACCCGGUCGUGUCUGGCCUGGGCCCCAUGGGCGCCGUCGUGCACGCUGGGGUCUGGAACCUGCCCAAGAGGGGUACCCUGGCACUUCUCUGUGUAGACGCGAAGCAGAGCUAAAAUUAAAGAGCUUCCUGAGCCGGUGAGAAUGAGGCAGUUCCUCCCGGGCCCCCGAAGGAAGCAGAAGUCAUUACCUUUUGGGUCUCGUCCGCCGAUCUUUGAUCGCAUGUGCUGAGGCCUUCGGGCGUGAAAAACGCGUCUCUUCCCGUGAGGUUCCUGUCCUGCCGGAGCCUCAUUCAGCUGGCGGUCACAUCGAGCCAGGCGUGUGCCUGCAGCCCACUGGGUAGUGGCCAGUGGUGACGGAGAUGGGAUCAAACCCCACUAACGCCGCCGGGCAGGCUAUGGGCGUGACCCCCAAGGUAAAGACUCCACCAACCGUGUCUCGCUUAGGUCCUGCUCAGUGGAAGGUGAGCCCUUGAAGGCAACCAGGCACCCCCCGCCCCGCCCCCAGCAAACAGAAGACAUUCCUGGGUCCAGGCCAGGUGAAGGUGUUGGCCGUGGAGCCCAAGUCUGCAGGGUCCCAUGCGUCAUGGGCGCCUCUGGGUCGAGAUGUGCCAGGAAGGACUCCCAACAUCCCCCCCACCCCCACGGGAGAAUUUUUUUUGUGGACGGUGAAGGACCCAAUCCUGUUGCAACAGGCUUGGGUGGGAAUGAGACCGGUGACCAGAACCCAUGGUUCGUUUUCCUUGACCCUUUAGAUGCUGGCGCAUGGCUCUGUCCGGAGCCUUUCUGUUGGGAGGGGCCUCUGACGGAGACGGGUGGCGGUGCCCCUCGGAUCUCUCUGUGUGCCGUUCCGGGGACAUUGACCCUUGGUGUUUGAGAGACGUUUCUAGUAGGAUUGCAGUGGUGGAAUGCAAAAGGUCUGGGCUCGCGGGCGCUGUAAUGGGGACGGUGUGACGUGGGGACAGAGAAAGAAAGCAUAUGGCGUCAGGGCAAGAGCACUGGACUGGCCCCACUCUGCUGCCUCAUUCGUCCUGUAACCCAAAGUUAAGUCACAUUCCCUCCCGAGACCUCUGUACUCCCCUGUCAAGCGGAGACGGGCCCUUUCUGGCAUCGCGCUCAGCAGACUGGCUCUUAGCAGCCACGUGGACCCAGGAACAGACAUAUAAAGGGACGCCAGCCGUCCUUGGUGACAGGGGGUCCCAAAUUGGCAUCCCUUCCCUUCCCUUCCCUUCGGAAGAGGAGAUGGGGGGCGGGGGCAGCCCUUUCACAGACGAGCACAUCAGCAAAGCCCGUGACAGUGGAAUUUUCUAACAAAAUAAACUUGCUUAUUUGGUCUGUUUUCUGUAACUUUUGCUAAAUACUUUAUACAUUUUUAAUGUUAAAAAGCUGCGUCUCCUGCCAGCAUUGCUCAUCCUGGUAUGAAUGUGUUUACCCCACAUUGUAUAUCCUUCCUUCCUCUGGCUGCCUAGAUCAGUAAAUAACAUCGAUGUACCAUAAUUUAUAAGUAACACUGUUGAAACUCUGAUCCCUAUGGAGGCUGUAACUCGCCCUUUCCUCCGGUCCCCCGGCUGCCCCCCGCCCCGUCCCCCGUAAUAGCAUUUGUGUGUAUUAAUGCUAAAGAACUAAUGUUUAAAGGGUUUAAAUUUUGAAGGCGUUUGCUAUAUAUAAUUGUUCUGCAUUAUUAUAAAGCGUUUUCAGGAAGUUAAA